ACUCACAUACACUCACACUCACACACACCGCCAUGUUGGCGGAGGAAGAGCAGCAACCACAGGUGCCGUCAUACCUGCGACGACGUGCAUCAUCGCAGGAAGCAUCAUCAACAGCGACCAAAGCACGGCGCCGCCACACAGCACAUGGUCAGCACACCAACAACACCGACACGGACACCAGCCACGCCUGGAUCAACAUCAAGGCCGAUGAAGUGCCAUCGCUGAGGACGGCGGUGUGCUAUUCCAGCAGUGGAGCAACAGAGACUCCCGAUGAUGUUGCCACCACCGUGCAAGCGGAGGACGCAGAUGCGGUGCUUCGCCGCAUCCAGGAAUGCCUGCCCUCGAUCAAUCUACAACAACAACAGCAACAAACUGAGGCACAUGCGCAACGCUCGCAAGCACGAAACAAACAUGCAACCCCACGUCGGCGUCACGCAGCAGCUGUGCCAAUCGUGCCCAUCCGCAUCCCACAGGCCUGUUCUGCCAACUCUGUGAAUGACGACACAGCAUCACAACAAACGCACCCAGCAACGACCGCACAGGCAUCACCGCCUAUUGGGGACCAAGCACUCUGCGUCUCCCUUGACCUGCACACCAUGGCUGCGGAGUCGGAUGUUCCAACGAUGCAACGCUCCCACCAGCCCGAACUGUUGAUCUUCCCGCAUAUCACGGAUACGCCAAAGGGAAUGCUCGCAGCGCUCCAAGCACUCAAGGAGCAAGUCGAUGGGGCGAUUUCUGGCACACAGGACCAAGCACCACCCAUAGCUUGUCUGGUCAUCACAAGCGAAGACAGGAUCCCUGCGUUGUGGGAAGGGGCAUUCGAGAAGCUUGAGGCGUGGGCGCAGAGGCAACGCGUGUUGCUGACGGUGUGCGAAGGAAACAACGAUGCCCAGUUUCGCGCAAGCAUCCUGCACGCAACAUACUUUGCUGUCAAGCGACACAGAGGAUGGUCGUUCGAGGAAGCCGCGGUCCUGCCAGAUGCAUGCCGUCAACAACAACAGAAUGGAGCACGGCACCACCAGAUGCUCGCAGCGAGACGCGAGAGCAGACUGCCGGCACUCCAGCGCACACCGCUUCCCCUCGCCACCAUCAAAGAGGGCUGGCUGUACAAGCACGAGGUUGGAACACGUACGCUCUUGCGUCGCGCAUGGAAGAAACGCUUUUUCCGCCUCGAAGGCAACGUCCUCUCCUUCUACAGGAGCGAGGCGGUUGGUGAGCAGGCUGUCGGGCUUGUGAACUUGAGCGUGGCGUCGUCCAUUGUCACAAGACCACACACGCAGGGUGGUGGUGCCUCCACCAGCAUCGUGAUCAGCUCACCACAAACGAUCCUCAGCGUGUAUGCGAGUACAGACGCAGAUACACUUGAGUGGUACGGCACCAUCAAGGCUGCCGCAGCCGUGCACAACACCGAGACCGUUUUUCCAAUGUCCCCGGUUAACACCCACCAACUCAGCGUCCCCGCAACCGAACGCCUGGACCAGGAGAAGCGAGACGCGUUGAUGCUGCAGCACGCAGCGCUGGUCAAGUCAAUCACACCCGCGGAACACCGCUGCCAAGACAUGGAAUGCGACCUCAUCACUGGUGCUGGCCUUGCACAGUACAAGGAGAGCGGGAGUCGCAGCGGCACGCCGCACCAGCGCCGUCGCCGAUACUCAAGCAGCUCUCGCUCGCCUGCCGCCUCACCAAGGCAACACCAGCACCAACACCAACACCAGCACCAACAACAACAACAACAACAACAGCAGCAGCAGCAGCAGCACUGCGACGUCUCAACCACAAAACACGUGCGCGUGUUCCUGUGUACCUCCUACGGGGAUAUGGCCAUGGAACGUGAGGCAAUUCGCCGCAAGCUUGUGCCCUUCCUCACGCGCUUUGCACAAACGCUCGACAUGACGUUUGAGCUUGUGGACCCAUUUGAGGCUGUGACAACACAGCAGCAAGCGCUGGACGACCACGCCCUCGCCCACAUCACCGCCGCUGCCCGCGCGUGUGUGAGCGAAUCGGCAGCAACAGCGUUCAUCUCCAUCCUCGGCAACUCCUACGGAGAUAUCAUGCUGCCCACGACCAUCCCCGAACAAGAGCUUGGUGCCAUUCGCUCAACGCUGCUGUCGCUUGACACAGACGACGCACGCGCAGCGCUCAACCUCGUGCAUCGCUGGUACGUUCGCGACCUGAACGCGCAACCAGCGGUGGCCCGUCUUCUCCCCAUUGCCACACACCACCCAAUCAACAGCAGCAAGAAGAAAGAGCGGGCAGCAGCGUGGCAGGCGUGGGCAGCAGAGCGCCAGCAACUCCACGCCGCACUCGUUGACGGCACGAGUGGACUACGCAGCAGCGCGCAGAUGACAAAGUACGUUUGUACGCUGCAGGACCAGCUGUGCGUGCAUCACUUUGCAGAGAACGCGGACAGAAACGCGCAGUGCAUUCUGGUCAAGCGCUGUUUCAAGACCCCGCCACCCGUACCGACAAACGGCCGCGCAGCAAGCAAAGGCGCCAAGCUGGCAGCCGCGUAUGGGGAGGACCCACAGUCGCACCGCGCGUCGCGUCUCAACCGCCUUCGUGAACGCCUCUCCCACGCCACUUCGGAGCAACGCGUGCUGCAGUUUGACGUGGACUGGGUGUCCGGUGCCGGCUUGUCUGACAAACACCACCACGCAUACAUCAACAACCUCGUCGCUGCGCUGCGCGAACGCAUCACAACAGACAUCCUGCAGGCAUACCGAAAGACGGAGGCAAAGGAGCUGUUGGCUGAGCUGCAACAACACGGCGUGCUCGCACGGUCCAUUGCGGCACAGCCAGGGUUCACGCGCCCAGGGCUCAUGGACAAGCUUGAAACAUAUUGCCUGCAAGCAACCGCAGCCGAAAUGAACGCCCGCAGCACCGCUGCUCCUGCUGUCCUCCGCGCAGGCACAUCCACGAUGGUCGUGGAGUCUUCCACCGACCCUGCGCACAAUGCUGGAGUUCAGAACCCUCUUGCCGACGACGACGGCGACAACAAAGACGAUGACACUUGCAGCGCUGAUGAUGAUUAUGAUGCUGAUGAUGCUGAUGAUGAUGAUGGGUUGUGGCCGCUGAUUUUGCAUGGCCCGUCUGGGUGCGGCAAGUCGUGGCUGUGCGCAAACCUCAUCAGCAAGCUGCAGCUGACAGCGGCGAUAACCAAAGGCGCGUGCUGUGCACACGGAGGCGAUGACGCUGGAGCUGUGCACGGGCGUGUGCUGGUUUACCGCUUCCUCGGACACACCCACGCGUCCACAGAUGCCCGCUCACUCCUCUACAGCAUGUGUUCGCAGAUUCAGCAAGCCUACAGCAACGACGAUGCUCAUGCGGAUGGCGAUGGCGGUGGCGAUGCUGCUGGUGAUCGUAUGUGCCACCCUGGCAGCCGCACGUCUGCUUCCAGGGGAAGUGAUCACCACGCAUCGACAGCGAGCAGCAACACGUCGCACCCGCGCGUCGCGACAGGAACACCAACGACAACAACAUUCACAACGACAACGACGACGAUGGUGGCCCGACCACCGCACACAUUUCAGGCGCUGUGCGACCACUUUGCCCGAUGCCUGCGACUGGCGACAGCACACAGGCCGUUGGUGAUUGUGUUGGAUGGGCUUGAUCGCCUGUCGCACGCAUACGGCGCGCUUCAGCACUUGCACUGGUUGCACGUGCACCGCCGCCUCCCUCUGCACGUGCGCUUGGUCAUCUUCACAGCACCUACCACACAACGCCCAUCCCACAUCGACAUCCUUGCCAACAUUGAACAGCAGCAGCAGCAGCAGCAGCAGCGACAAGCGCAACACCCACAACAUGCAGGUGUUGUUGUACCAUCGCCCUCAUCGUCACCAGCACCACCAUCGGAGUGCGUGUUGGUUCCGGUGGGGCUGCUGGCACGUGGUGUGCUCAACACCUCCACCGUUCGCACGCUUCUCAAGAGCGCACACAAGCGCACGGUGACGCAGAGCCAGGCGUCUGCUCUCAUCCGCGCCUUUGCCGCCUGCAGCAGCCCACUCAUGCUUCAAGCCCUCAUGAAGCUGGCCACGGAAUGGCAGUCCACAACACCAUAUGGCGAAGGGCCAGCGCUGCUGGAAGGGCUUCCAAACAUCACCGCAGCCGACGUGCUGGCGGUUCUGCUGCAGCUAUGGGAAGAUCGCCACGGCCACGCCCUGGUGGAGCACGUGCUGUGUCUGGUUGCCACCGCUGAGCACGGCAUUGCACCGGAGAUGCUGCAGCAGCUGGCGGCGGGAAGUGGCGGGAACCACGAGGCAGUCACGUCUGCCUCGCACGCCAAAGGAGGAGAGGCUGCACUCUCCAGGGAGCGCCUCCCAACGCUGUCGUGGCUGGCACUGCUGCACGACAUUGAGUUUGUAUUUGCAGUGCACCAUCGCCCCAUUGGCCGCUCUGCUGUCUCCAUCGCCCACCCUGCUUGGGCAGAGGUGAUCCGUGAGCGCUAUGGACUGGAACGCAACAGCAACAGGCAACACUAUUUUCACCGCCUGCUGGCACGCGCCCAUGCCCAGGUGUUUGACGCUGAGGCCGCGGCCCUCACACACUCCACCCGCCAAACCAUCGCCGCUGCUGCUGCUGCUGCCGGGGGUGGUCGCAGCGGUGGCGGCGGCGGCAAGCGCAACAGCACGGGAGAAGGCAGUGCCACUGGCAGGAAGGCGAGGAUGAGCACUGCGUGGACGCCACCGUCAACAGCAGCAGCGGUGGAUCGGAGCACCGUCGUGCCACAGAUGUGGGCUGCGCUGCAAGGGGUUGUCUUCCACCACCUUCGCAGUGGCGAUGUGCAGCAGGCGAUGCACAUGAUGCAACGGCCCGAAUUCUUGCAUUUGAAGUGCGCGGCAGGGCUCGCGCAUGACGCCAUGCACGAUCUGGAGGAGCUGUCCUUGCGGCAGCCAGACUUUGGCAUGCUGGACGAGUACAACAUGCUGCUGAUGCUCGUGAGCACGAUCAGCGACCACCCGCACGUGGGCCUCCUUGACCACAUGCUCCUGCCCGCCUUCACCACGCCACGCCUUCGCAUGCGUGCACUUGAGCUACUGCACCAGUCACCUGGGCUCGCACAGGGGCUCAUGUUCCUUGGCAGCGAAGCGCAGGGGAGCGCAGCCGAUGGCGAUAGCACCAUGCACGCACUGGCUGCAAUUGCCAACCGCGAACGGCCCAGCCCUUCCAUGGCAAGCGCGGCUGUGUCGCACCUGAAAUCGCUGGCAGGUGGCGCGGGCAGCGAGGGAGCCAGCUAUGAUGUCGCGCGUGUCUCGUUUGUGCACCACGCCGCUCGCUUUAUUGUUCAGCGCAGCCACGGCGUCGACAUUGUUUCCCUUGCGCCACUGACACUGACACGCAGUGCGGGCAACGAGGCCGGCAGUGCCACACGACAGGCGCCUGCAAGCACCACGAUAGCCACUAGCAAAGACAUGCCUGUGUUUGACUCGAGCCUGAGCGGCCGCGGCACAGUUGUGUGUCUUGGCUGCAGUGGCGGGGUGGCGGUGGUUGCAGACGUCACAUCCGGUCACUGCCUGGCACGCACACCGACUCACGCAACCACAGCGUCACCGACUCCAUCCCCAGCGUCGCUGCCCUCGCAUUCUUCCUCCCCAACAAGCGCUGGCGUAUCAUCAUCAUCGUCGUCAUCAUCACCACUCACGGGCGAUAUUGUGCAAGUGUCCAUUUCACACGACGCUGACGCGGCAGUCCUGCGGUCGUCAGCUGGUGUUGCGUACCUGUGGUCGUUGCCCCUCGACAUUGCGCAUGGCACAGCAGCAACUUGUGCCACGGAUGAUGUGCCCCGUGAACGUUCAACCACCGCCGUCAGCCGCACCAGUGCUGCCGGUGGCGUGGAGGGAGAUGGACACCUGCCCCGACGGCAAACGAAGAAAAGCCGGCGGCACACCCGUAAGUUUGGCGGCCACCGCCAUCACGCCGGGCAGCAGUCACACUGCGCCAGUGCCGCGACAGCAACAGCGCGUGGCGACCUGCAACGUCUUGAGGGUCACGCCGAUCUUGUUACCCACGUUGUAUUUGCACCCACGGGUCUGGACUUUGUCACCUGUGCACGCGACGGGCGCGUACUGCUGUGGAGCGGGCGUGGCAAAUGCGUGAAGAAGAUGCUGCGUGGCCACAGUGCACCCGUGGAAACAGCGCGCUUCCAUCCUUCGGGCUCCCUGCUGAUUUCGGGCGGCGAGGACCUGUGCGUGUGUGUCUGGGAUGUGCGAACCGGCAAACUGGCGCGAAAAUUGCGUGGGCACACGAGCACGCCCGAGAUUUGCGCAUUCGCGCCGUCGUUCUCAUGCACGCGCGUCCAGGCGCUGUCUGCUUCGGCGGACGGGAUUGUGCGCCUGUGGCAAUUGGAGCGGGUACAAGACGGUUUGACCAUCGCCACCACGACUGCUUCCAGCAGCAGCAGCAGCAGCAGCAGCGGCGGCGGCGGCGGCGGCGGCGGCGGCGGCGGCACCUUUACCCACGCCGUGCACGCUAGCAAGAACCGACACGGCAGCCAUGCACAUGAUAAUGACACAACCGAUUCAAGAGUCACUGGGUGGCAGGUGGCCGGACAACACGAGCUCGCCAUGGCCGCAGGAACGAAUGGGAUCACGCGGUCCAUCUUGCAUGCCAGCUUCUCAAGUGACGGCGCCCUGAUUGGUGCAAGUUCAAACGCUGCGUUUGCUGUCUGGGACGUACACACCCAGCAGCUGCUCUAUUACUUGCCCGGCGCCUGGAAAGACUGGGCAUUCAGUGGGCGUGGACGACAGGUGGCAAUUGUUUCUCAAGCUGGCCACGUGCAGACGGUUCGGUUGGGAUCCAUCCUUCAGCGCCACAACGUCGCCACUGCAUGCCAGCACUUGCCCACAAGUUGCACAGCUGAGGGGACAGACGUGAUGCGCGUGCCACCUUCAACAAGAGAUAGCGGGACAGCCACGAUGGUGCUGACCAAGACACGUUCGCCAGCACAGGGGGUGCUUGCCACAGCAUCGCUGCGCAGUAGCUGCACAGCGCACGUGCAAUGCCUGGACGUGCACCCGCAUGCCAACACGGUAGCAUUCAGCGCGCACCGCGGUGUCAUCACGCUGCUGCAACAGCCAGCUUCGGGAGCGGGGCGCGCAGCUGGGCUGCUGGACCUGGGUUGUGCUGUGUCAGCGAGCUACCUUGCCCACAUGAGCGACAUAUUGUGCAUGGCCUUCAACACGGAGGGAACGCUCUUGCUGUGUGGUGACCAGGAAGGGCGCGUGUGCGUUUGGGACACGGUGACAGGGACCGCAGUGUUGGACUGGGCUGCGGAGCACCAAGGGCAUGCGGUGCACGCCUGCUGCUGGCGGAGCGAUGCCCGCCUUGCAGCCACCUGUGACAGCAAAGGCAUGGUGUUGGUGUGGGACGUGGAGCAGCGUGCGCUGCGGCGUGCUAUCAUGGCCCACACGUCAGCCGUUCAUGCCUGUGCAUUCAGUCCACGCGGGGAAGACAUUCUGUGCGGGAGUGCUGAUGGAGUGGCAGCCGUGCAUCGUGUUCAAGAUGGGUGUUGUGUGCGCACGCUUGUGGAAGGUGACCUUCCCAUUCACUCUGUCGCCUACAGCGCCUACGGCAAGUACGCUGCUGUGGCCUUUGCGGAUGGGGACAUUGCGGUGUUUCUCUCGGGGACUGGGGAGGUGAUACAUGAGCUUGUUGGCGGGCACAUUGGGCCUGUGGUCCGUGUUGUGUUUGCACAACAGGAGCAUGGGUCGCUGCUGCUCUCCGCUGGCUGCGAUGGCACGCUCAAGUUUUGGGGGCUUGACGCAGGCGAGGUGUUGAAGACCUUGAUGCCGACGGGCAUACCGGUCACCGCCCUUGCUUUGCGUUGCACACACGCAGGCACAUGUGUUGUUGUUGGCGACGCAAGUGGGCAUGUCGUCUCCCUCUCUCAAUGCAUGCCCUUGUAGUUAGUUGUGUGUGUGCAAGUGUGUAUGCUGUGCUGUGUGUGCUGGGUUUGUUGUGCUGUGUGUUGUGUGUGUUGUGUGUGUGUGUUGUGUGUGCGUUGUAUUGUGUGUGUGUGUGUGUGUGUUGUGUGAGCGUUGUAUUGUGUGCGUGUGUGUGUGUGUGUUCUAUUGUGUGUGUGUGUGCGUGUGUGUGUGUGUGUUUGUGUGUUGUGGGUUUGGGUUUAUUUGGGAAAACUCGCUGAAAUCUUACACUGUUCCCGGCGCUCAAAGAUGGGGAAGGCAAUUGCGGCAAAACAAAGGGCAGCGGUGCGCAUGGGUGAAUGUGUGUGAGAGCACGCGCCUCAUAGACAGAAAG